GGCAUCAAGACCAAGGAUCUACGAUGUCUGCCUACACGCGACCGAUGCUGGUUAGCAUUCUUCUAGGUUUGAGUUCUCUGGGUGGUCUACACCGCCGGCCUUUGGGCCUGGUUUCAGCCCAGGUUGCUUCGAGUAACCUCACGACCGAGCCCUCGGCGUUACCGGAGGCCGCCCUGGCGACACCGACCCCGGACUCGGAGGAUAAAACUCUAGGCGGCGCUAAUCGUUGCUGGGGCUACUACGACGUGAUGGGCCAGUGGGAUCCGCCGUUCAAUUGCAACGCGGGGAUCUACAGCUUUUGUUGUGGCUCCUGCUUCUACCGAUUCUGCUGCCAAUUCAAAAUCCACAGUUUGGAUCAGACUUCCUGUUCAAACUACGACACGCCCGUCUGGGCCAACACCGGGAAACCGGCGGAGCCCGUCACAGAGGUCCAUCAGGAACCAGACCGCGAUCGAACCCACAUGAUCGUGUAUAUUAUCUGCGGCGUGGUGGCCAUCAUGGUUCUCGUCGGAAUUUUCACCAAGUUGGGGUUAGAGAAGAGUCGAGGUGGACAGACGGACAUGACCAAUUCCAGGACUUUGACAGAGCUGCUGAAGCAGCCAGGCGAGGCGGGAGUUGUAGAUGGAACCGGAAUACAGCACCCUAUAGGGACCAACGGGAUCUCGGCCAGGGCGUUACGCUCCAACAACGACCAUAACCAUUUGAAUAAUGCAGCCCUGUCUCCUCUGGGCCCAGCCAUGGCCUUGUCUCACCCUCAUAACAACCUGGGAAUUGGUUUCAAUAAGUAUUCUUCACUCAAGGGUGUAGAUACAACUCCGAGAGACUACUACAAGAGCUACCCGAUGGUAGUCGAUUACACCCACCGCCAGUCUCCUCCUACUUUCCAGCCGAUCAACUUCCACCCAAAGGAAAAGCCUUUCCUCCCGCCGCCGGACAUCCACGCACCGCUGGCCAUCACCAUCAACGCCUCCCAAAUCCCGAAACCCAAGAUAUCCAAAACCAACACCCACCCGCUCACGUCGGGCUCGGCUUUCAAAGUCUGGGACCCCAGCAAGAGCCACGUCCAGCGCCCGGCCGCGUCGCAUAUGGUCCUCCAGGGCCCGCAGCACCACCACACCAUCCAGCAGCAGCAGCAGCAGCAUCAUCACCAAACGCUGCACCAUCAACCCAACAGCCGGCGUCAAGCCUACUCCAACAAACGUCAGUUCAGCAUCGAGACGCUGCCGGAGCUCUUCUCCCAACCGCUGGGUUACGGCCAUUCGCCGCACAUGCACCCCAAGCACAAGGGACUGCCUACUAACAGCAAGACAGAGGUCACCGUUUGAACAUGAAGACAUCCCCCCCAAAGAAAAGAUGGGCACUGAUAUCUUUUAUAUCCACGGCCUAACUGAACUGCAGGAAAGGGCAGGCAAAUAUCGUGUAUGAUAAGAUUUUUUUUUUACUGCCUUUUCAUUAUCAUUACUGAUAAUAAGAACAUGGCCGUGCUUUGUAAGACCCGAACAGCAGACAAACCAAGAUGUAAAUAAUCUCUCAGUGCGUUGGCAUAGCAGCUCGACUCAAUUGCACACACUUGCAAGAAUUCCCACAUCAAGUUCCUAUUUACCCCCGCACGCACCAGCGCUACCCAUUUGAGUCCUAUCGGGGUCUGCUCGGGCAGUGUUUUGGCCCCAAGACUGUAGCUUCCCAUCAGCAGAGACAAUGCCAUCAAGUUGUCAGUUCCCACCACCCUCCAGCCCAAGGGAGGGUGAGAGAUCAGCCUGGCAAUUCAUAGCAGAGAAGGGGGACUGAGGGUUAUUUUGCCUUAUUCCAGGGGCGAAUAAAAGAAUGAGAACCACAACAGUGGCGCAAAGUACACACUUGUCAAAAAUUACAGAGGUUCGCCAGGAGCGUUAAAGACCACGGUUGCAUCUACCCGCCCCCAAAGCAGGCACAAAUGCAUAAUAUUCCUCUCUCAGCCCCGGAAAAUGCACAUGAAUAAGAAAGCUCAGUUGUGUAAGAUUCUAAUUCCAGUUAAACUCCCUUGUGACCCCUCGAGUGGUAAACAUAGUUCAAAAUGUUCCAGAAUAGAAAAAAGAUUGCAACCAUCAAGGUAAUUCAUACCCCCAUCUCAUCAAAAGAGUUCAUAUUUUCACACCAGCAUGAUGAUUUUCCUGGUUGUUGUAAAAUAUGCCUGCUUGAAUCGAAAACUAUUGCAUGCAAUAUUAAAAUUAUUUAAUCGCUAAUAUCGACCAUGCUAAACGUAUAACAGGAUACUAUGGCCAAUAAUAAUAAUACUAAAAUGAUGCAGAAUUGCUCUGGAAAAAAAAACUGUUUAAUAAAUUGGUUGGGUUAUGCAACAAAAUAUUUUGCCAAUAUGAAAAUUGUCUUUUCUGCAUUUGCAACCAAAAAAAAAAAGAGAGCUAACUGUGCCUUGUACUCCCCCCAAGCUUAAAGAGAGAAAAUUAUUUUGGAGCAAACAAAUGCCAGUAAUUUAUAUUAGAAAGUUGCUCCAACUUAAAAUUAUUUCAUCCCCCUAAAAUAGAAGUUGUGUAUUUAUUUAUUUUUUUAAAUCAUUUGCAGUAUAACGAAACAAGCACACCCGUCACAUUAUGUGGGUUGUGAUUUCUUUCCACUUUCAUAGAAUUCAAAGGAGGCAGUAAAAAAAAAAAAAAAACCCAAAAAACAUCCAAUUGACUUUUGCACUAUAAUCAAUUCUGAUAUAUGUGGAGCAACCUUCAAUUUAUCACCUACCCUGAGGUAGUGUACUGUUUAAAUAACAUCAUGAAUAUAAAAAACAUGCACCUUUGCAGAGCCCUAAAUUGUGUUUAGAGGGCAACAAACACUUUUUGCGAGGCCUCUUCAUCAACGCUAAUGAUAAAAUCAUGAGUGCGUCGCAGUGAUGCGUACUUUCCUAGCAUGAAGGCAGCAGACUACUUUCGAGCUGCACGACUCUUUUAACCAAAGCUGUCCUAAUCCUCCUUGCUUCACAAUCCCCCACUGAACUGCACACAACAGGCUGACUGAAUUGAAUUCCCCUUCAUUUAUUUUCCAUCAGAACACUCGCUCUGGCGCAGAGCAUCUCGUACGCCCGGCCGGCGCAUACUAGUACCUGGAACCUAAUGGAACUGGAUCAUUUAGCAGGGUCACACACAAUUUAGCGCCUGUUCUCUCUAUGCUGCCUUGCAGCCUUGGAGAAAUGACCAUCUUGACCUUCUAACAGCAGUCACCUGCACCUAGCUCACUGCUCUCCACAGUCGGUCCCUCACAAGAGUAUAGACGGGAAGCAAAUUUACUAACGUGGACCUGAUAAAACUGGGGAGAUUUAAUUAUUAUUUACAUAUAUUUUUUAUUAUUUAUUAAUUUAUUUAUUCACUAUUAUUUUCUAGAAUUAAUCUAUCUAAAUUAUCUAAUUAAUUUAAUUUAUUUAUUAACUAUUAUUUUCUAGAAUGGUAACAUGGAAUUAUUUAAUAUCAUUCAAAAAAAAUAAUAAUCAUUACAAUUGCCCAAACUAACAAAGCAUUUCUCGCCUGCACCCUACAAUCAGUCCAAUUCACAUCUAGGUAUUAAGGAGCCACGAAUGUACACAAAUAAGGGGGGUUGAGAAGCAUGGAUCAGCAAUAUAAUGGCCCUACUGUUACAGCAGCGAUGGCUUCUUGAGCAUAGCGCCGUCUGGAACCUGUUCAGGGCAAGCUGUUGGAGUGCUACUGGCAUGCUUUUGUAAUAUGGGAUCAAGAGCAUGGGGAUCAUCAACACAAAAGCGUCAAUUGGACGUGCAUCAAAGUCGUUUGCGCUUAUGCUCUUCCCAGCCACGCACAAUAAGUAACGCACUAUGCUGCAGGUUCCUCUCCCGUUGCUCUUUUAGUGGGUCACUUCAGAUUCUGUUGGGGGACCGCUCGGAAUAGCAAACAAGCAAUAUAUGAUCGGAGGCCAUGGGUGGAUUUCUGUCCAGCUUUGACAUGUUCUUUCGCUAUAUUCAAACGGUUGUCGCUACACACUCUUGAGCAUGUUUCUAUCAAGGUGAACUUGGAAUCAGCGCCUACCUUCCGCUCUGUGUUUACUGCAAAGAAUUUGAAUCAAAGCACCAGGGGGACUUUUUGUGGUGUGAGAUGGCAAGAAUUGCAGAUUAAGACUUUUUUUUUUGUGCUCUUGGGGUGAAACUCAACAUGAGGACACAAGAUUUUCAACUUGGAUCCAGGAAGAAGCGCAGCAUGUUUUUUUUUUUCUUCUUCAAUAUUGGAUGGACCGUUAUAUAAAGGCCCGUAAUAGACAAGACAAUGUAAAUACUUGCACAAGAGAGGUGCAGUACUAAUGAUAUCUUCCGUGUAUUGUCCACAACGUUGUGGACCGAAAGCCUUGAAAAGGGAGAAAAAUGACCUAGCACCUAACUGAUGCAUCCGAAAAUGUGUAGAAGGCUGAAACCAUCAGCUUGGAUCAUCAUCAGCUUAGUGUGUGAUUCCUCCCGAUAAAUGACUAAAGUCCGGCGAUGCUGACUCAGCUAUUUGUAAAUGUCUCGACAAGAAACAAAUGCAAGUAUUCUACCGCGGGUUUUCCAUGAAUGCGACCUGGUAGACAUACUUGGGCUCCCUAGCAAUAUAUAGAUGUAGAGUUCGAUUCUUUUUUUUUUUUUUUUCCUGUCUGUUUUUGUUGAUUGGUAGGUUUGAUUGGUUUUGUAUUGUGCUUUUUCAAGAAUUGAAACAAUAACAAAAAUAUAUAUAUAUAUAAAUGUUCAUCUGACCAAUGAAAGUUAGAAGUGCUUCCAGAUUUUAGAUUCAUGGCUGCACGAUCUUCAACCCCCCCCCUUUACCGGAGGAUGUCAUAUGUUUGAAGCUUGUGAUCUUUUAACAUUGUAUGGUCCACACGCCCUCAUGUAAUUAAUGUGAGAACAUAUUGCAUUGUAUCAAAGUGCUUUGCCAACACGUUAGUUGAAAGGUGGGAGGAAGAUGCAGAUUUGUAUUUGCAAAAAAUAAAAAAAUACCAUAAAAUCAUGCAUUAUUACAUGAUAAAUUGUACCAGGCAGCAAUAGGUUGCCUUUGAUUGCUAUGUACUAACUGUGUAUAAACAGUCUGUAUGCUGUACCACUUUGUGAAAUGUGUCGAGUACUCAGCUUACAGUAUAUAAGGGCUUUUUAUAGAUAUUAAAGCAGACUGGGUAAUCUGAUGUCACACGCUGUAACUCAAGUCAAAUUUCUUUGGAGGGGUUUUUCUUUUUUUUUUAAAAAAAAAAAAAAAACAGGGAUAAAGGGAUAUUAAAUGAAUUUUCAUGCAUACAAACGAUUAAAACAAAACGGCGUCGGCCUAUGUGUCCUGUUUGAAUAAAUCUUUGUGAAAUAUA